AUGCAUCCAAUAGACGACAUUGCUGAGGCCUGUGCACGAGGAAGCAAUGGGAAUGCACCUCUGGGCAGUCCCAACAGGCGUGCUGCGCAGAGUGAACAAUGGCAUAGCGCUGCGUCGCUGAGCUUUCAGCUGCUACUUGACGAGAAGGCUGCGCCUAGUGGCGCUCUGAAGAACGAUCAUUUGCAGCAUGUCAUGUUCUGGGUAUUAUGUUCGUGGAUAUGCUGCAUUGAGUCUUUCCCUCCUCUGGCGUUGCUACUUCAGUACCUCCCCUUUUACUACGAAAUCAAAUGCUUGCUGUUCUACUGGCUCGCUUCCCCACAGUUUAAAGGGGCUGGAUGGCUCUGGCUGCACGUCAUCUACCCCGCCUACGAAAGAGCCGCACCCAUGUGUGCUCAGCUUUACAACGAGCGCUGCCCACCGCAAGUCAAAGCUGCAGUUGAGAAGGCCAUGGCGGCAAUCGUGGGGGUCAAGUCACAGCAGUCCGAUGCGUUCAGUAAGAGUCGCCAGCCCUCCAAAGCAGCAGAUACCACCCAGAAGGCGGAGUGA